AUGCGCCUUACCCUUAACAAUGUACAUACACAACUUUUCUAUACUUUAACUUUUUUUUUCUUUCAGACAGUCAGACGGGUGUUCGACGUGAUUAGGACUCAAAUAUGCACGAUAGCCCUAUCGUUUACACUAUUCAACCUAGUCCGAUUGCCUCGAGAAGCGUUCAAAUAUGGCGACAUACCAUACCUUGUCAUAUAUUCCUUCUGGCUGCUGGUGGUCGCUCUGCCAACGACACUGCUCCAGCUGGCGAUGGGACAGCUUAGUCAACAAGAUGCGAUUGGCGUCUGGAGGGCUGUUCCUAUAUUACGAGGAGUGGGUCACUUGAAAAUCAUAACGUCAUUCGUGUGCUGUAUCUACAGCAUGGUGUAUGUUGCAUUGUCUGCAGCUUACAUGAUAUGGAUUGGAAAGGGCUCGUUUCCUUUAAAAGAUUGUACAAAAGUCCACAUAACACCGAAUGGAUACGAAAACAAAAUGAAUGCAUCCGAAUGUUUCAACGCGACGUUUUUGGCGCCAUUCACUGAACAACCACAGUAUCUCGGAGUAAUGGCGAUUUUAAUAUUCGUUUUAUGGUUCUUUGUACCCAUUAUGUUAUUUCGUCUCCGGAAAACCCUCAAAAUCUCUCUUGUUACACUCGCACCUGUUAUCAUCAUCGUUGCCAUAGUGCUGUGUGCAUUUUUAUCAGAUAGUCGAAUACUGAUGUUAAUGCUGGAGUCAUGUGAGAAUUGGACGUCAUUGUCUCAACCGUACAUCUGGCACAGCGCAUUGGUACAAGCUUUACUGUCAACGCAUAUCGUUAGCGGUUACUUGGUCAGUGCUGGCGGGACCAUAUACAAACACUCUGACGUCAGAUGGACAUCAACAUUUGUAACCAUUACUAAUUUACUAACGGGAUGGCUGUCUGUUUUCAUGUGGCAGUCAAUAGGUAGUGAAGAUAAUAAGGAUAGUAGUUUUAUAGCAAUAUUAGUUUUAAUUUAUCAGUCUUCCGUAUCGGAGAAGAGAUCUAAGGAAUGGCCGCUAUUGGCGUUCGGGAUCGUGUUAGUCUCAGGCAUAGUUACUGUGCUAACACUUUUAUUCCCAAUAUAUGACAAAUUACAUCGUGUCGCUGGGGAUCAUUGGAGAAUAUUCGCUUGUGCGUCAUCAGCACUGGGUACGGCCAUUACUGUGUCUGUGCUUGCUCAGGGCAUCGACGUUACAUCCAUGUUGGAUGAGUUAGUUGUACCAGUUCUAGCUGUAUUUACCACAGUUGUUGAAAUUGCGGGUUUUGUUUUUAUAUAUGGUUGGUUUUACCUCACUGUCGAUAUACAUUUUAUUACUGGUUCAAGAUUACCAAAUUUUUGGUUAGUUACCUGGUGGACGAUUCCGGUCUUAUUAAUGGGUAUAACGGGUUGGUGGUUACGGUCACUGCUAAGGAGUACUUGGGGCGAAGUACAAACAUUAUGGCCUUUAGGUGUCGUUUUUAUAGGAAUAUUAAUAGUUAUGGUGGUGAUGGCAGCUGUAGCUGUAGCGAAAGAGGAACAAUUUAAUUUACUUACUAAAAUGGCAUCAGCCUUUCGACCUUCUCGACUUUGGGGACCCGAAGAACCAAUGGCAAGAUACGUUUGGAUGUCUCAAAGAUUUAUAAACGAAAACGCUAAUUCCGAACAAGAAUUUAAUACCGACACCAAAACGUUUAACCACAUUAUAACAAAAUAUCACGAGAAAGGCAACGAAAUAUACAACGAAGAUUGGUUGCAUGCAACUGAUGCAUUCAAAAGUUCACCUAAAGCUUUGGUGAAAAACGACAUUAUAAGAAAAGAAGACACACUUUAUAAUGACAUAGGUGCAAUUUAUUCUAUACCAACUGUUUCAUCUAGCAAAAGAAGAAAAAAAGAAGAUGAACAAUUCCGUUCACCAAAUAUAUGUAUUGCCAAAGAUGAAUUGGGAGGUGCAAUAAACUGUAACUGCAAUAGGCACUUUCAACUGAAUGUGCCUGAUUUAAGAAAUAACGAACUAUCGACUAGUCUAUAGAUAAAAAAAUCCAAAUCUUUUCGUACAACGACUUAUAUGUCUAGUCGACUAACCAAUUAUGUGCAAUUUUGAUAUUGUUCUCAAUCACAAAUAUGCAGUUGGUAGCUUUUAAUUUAUUAUAGUAUUAAAAACAUUCCAAAUAUACAUUAAGCUUACAAAACUAUUAUAGAAGGUUUUUUACAAACUGUUACAAAAGUGCUUACAGAUAAACUUGAUAUAAUAUUGAAUACCUUUCUACCAAGUCUAUCUCAAAGCACUUAUGCAUUAUAUUCAAGUGAAUAAAAGAGCGUGAGAUAAGGUGUAUGUUAUAUAAAAUAUUAUAUAAAAAUAAAAGUUUUACAAUACUUUGACUAUGAA